ACGGGCAGGUCCCAGGACAGUUCAAAUAUCCCUGGGACAGAGCAACAGUUGGUUCGAUUCCUGUCUUCACUCCAGCCACCCUUCACUCCUCUCCCUACACCAUGUGCUCCACUGGAUGCUGUUCCACGGGAUGCUGCUCUGUCGUGAAGAGCAAGACCGUGUGCUGCAGCCCCUGCAAGACUGUAUGCUGCAGCCCCUGCAAGACCGUGUGCUGCAGCCCCUGCAAGACUGUGUGCUGCAGCCCCUGCAAGACCGUGUGCUGCAGCCCCUGCAAGACUGUGUGCUGCUCCCCAUGCCAGCAAUCCUGCUGCUGCGACCCGUGCCAGAAGACUGUGUGCUGUGAGCCGUGCCAGACUUGCUGUGACCCAUGCCAGAAGCCCUGCUGUGACCCUUGCCAGUCCUGCUGUGACCCAUGCCAGAAGCCCUGCUGUGAUCCAUGCCAGUCCUGCUGUGAUCCAUGCCAGUCCUGCUGUGACCCAUGCCAGAAGCCUUGCUGUGAUCCGUGCCAGUCCUGCUGUGAUCCAUGCCAGAAGCCCUGCUGUGACCCGUGCCAGACCUGCUGUGACCCGUGCCAGAAACCUUGUUGUGAUCCAUGCCAGACCUGCUGUGAUCCAUGCCAGAAGCCCUGCUGUGACCCAUGCCAGACUGUCUGCUGUGACCCGUGCCAGAAGCCUUGCUGUGACCCGUGCCAGUCGUGCUGUGACCCGUGCCAGAAGCCUUGCUGUGACCCGUGCCAGACCUGCUGUGACCCAUGCCAGAAGCCUUGCUGUGACCCGUGCCAGUCGUGCUGUGACCCGUGCCAGAAGCCCUGCUGUGACCCGUGCCAGACCUGCUGUGACCCAUGCCAGAAGCCUUGCUGUGACCCAUGCCAGACCUGCUGUGACCCAUGCCAGAAGCCUUGCUGUGACCCUUGCCAGUCCUGCUGUGACCCGUGCCAGAAGCCUUGCUGUGAUCCAUGCCAGUCCUGCUGUGACCCAUGCCAGAAGCCUUGCUGUGACCCAUGCCAGUCCUGCUGUGAUCCAUGCCAGAAGCCCUGCUGUGACCCAUGCCAGACCUGCUGUGACCCGUGCCAGAAGCCUUGCUGUGACCCAUGCCAGACCUGCUGUGACCCGUGCCAGUCCGUGUGCUGCACCAAGGUGUGCCAGAAGUCCGUGUGCUGUGUCCCAAGGCCCUGCUGCUGCCCCUGCGGGUCCCUGUCCUGCUGCUCCUGUGUGGUGAAGAAGCCUGUGGUGGUUUGCUGCACCCCCGUGAGGAAGUACUGCACCCCCUGCAUCCCCAUCCAGCAGUGCUGCGCCAGCCUCAGGAAGACCUGCUGAGCUGCCCCGGGUGGCUCUGAGGGCUCCAAGAAUGGGCACAAGGAGGUGAAAAGCUGCUCGUUUGCUUCUCCCUCCCAUGGUGAUGGAGCCAAUUCAUAGCGAUUUUCUUCUUCUUUCCUAGCUUAAGCUGCUGCUUCUUUCUGUCCUUUAGUUAUUGAUUGUCUUUAAUUAUUGACUGUCUUGAGUACUCCUGAAUUUAUCGCCCAUUGUAUAAGGCAUUAGAUAUUAGUGGGGUGUUAAUUCUCCUCUUGGUGUUUGAGAAACCUUUGGUGUCACUGUGACCACUCUUCAUUUCCUCUCUUGACUUGUAGACAAUAAAAUUUGGCAUUAAGCAAAACACAA